AUGUUGGAGAGGGUUGAAGAUGAGCUUCGCACUGCACCUUUGAAGCCCUGCAACACAGCCUCUCACGUUGAUGCCUCGGUCGGCCCCAAAAUCAAUCGGCCGCCAAGUUUACCGCGAAGAGUCCUGGAUCUCAGACGAUUUCCCACCGAGGGAAAGUUAUGCCUGUUAGAGUCAGAGGGCAUGAGCGGUGCCUAUGUUUGCCUGAGCUAUACAUGGGGCCCAAGAAACAAUGGCGUGACAACCCCUGACAACCUUCAGGCAAACUUCAACAAUAUCUCUUACGUCAAACUCCCACAGACAUACAAAGAUGCAGUAACGGUGGCAACGGCGUUAGAUAUCCCAUUCUUGUGGAUUGAUGGGCUAUGCAUCAUCCAAGGCGACAAAGACUCAGUAGACUGGAAGGAACAGUCCUCUCAGAUGGCCGAGAUUUACGGAAAUUCUCUUCUAGUAAUCGCAGCCGCGAAUUGCACCAGUGUGGAAGAUGGAUUCUUGUCUGCAGCAAACACCUCGCGGAGUCUCAUCAAGUUCGAGCUUCCUCGGGACACAAAUGCCCAUUCUGUGGUUUACGCUCGCGCAAUGCUCGACCAUAGCUGGCUUGGCUGGUCUACUCUAGCAGAGCCCAAGACAGAGGGGACGCUGAGCCGCAGUUGGUGUUUUCAGGAGGAGGUUCUCGCCUCUCGUAUUCUAACAUUCUACGGGGGCGAGAUGAACCUCCAAUGCCUGGACAGCGAGUACCGGUGCGAGUGCGAGUUUCCUGGCUCGUCUUUGGGCUUGGUGACGAUCAAGGAGCUGUACGAACCGCGCUUGCAGCUAAGCAACUUUGAAACACCCAACUGGAUGUGGCAGAGUACUGUCGAGCAUUACACGCGGCGACGGCUCACGGUGGCCACUGACAGGCUUGUAGCCUUGUCUGGCGUCGCUCGUGUAGCUCAAGUCGCUCUACGCACUCAAUAUGUCGCAGGACACUGGUGGGAUUCGGACUUUCUCUGCAGCCUGUGUUGGGCGCCUGUGCGAACCAAGGAGACUGAGCGUUCUUUUUCAAAAACAUACGUCGCGCCAUCGUGGUCGUGGGCGUCUCACAAUGGACCGGUUACGAUGUGGAUUCCGUACGCAGGCUCCGAAGAGCCGAUCACUCCCCGCUUUCUAGGGAAAACGGCUGCACGAGAGGUCAGCAUUGUUUCAACGACCCAAGAAUCUGCCGGAUCCAUUUCAAGCGGGAGCAUUACAGUUCGGGGUGUUUUCCUUGAUGUUGUAGUCGAGGCAGGUUCAAAAGAGCAGUUGGCUGGCGUAAUGAUGAGAAAUGGGGAGAAGAUCGCCUUCAAUUUUGACCGCCCUCUGGGAACGACAACCUUGGCCGACAGACCUGGGGGGCCUGAGCAUAUCUGCGAGCGCGUUGGCUUCGUCGACUAUGAGACAAGGGAUAAAUUAGAGUUCCAAAAGAACGACUCCAAUACGACGUAA